AGGCUGCGUUGCCCCGCGGGCCGCCUCGGGUCCCCGAGCUCGGGCCGCGCCUCCCGGACUCCUGCUCCUCGCUCCGUCUCCACCUGGGUCAGCCGCUCCAGCCCUGUUUUCAGGGUUGACCCUGUGUUCCAUGUGGCCCUCCCCAUGCUCCCUAAUGUUGGGUUGGGCGUCUCAGUCCUGCCUUCCCAGAACACCCUUUCUAUCACAGCACUUGGCAUGUUGUGUGUGUGCUAACUGCCUAAUUUCUUGGCUAGAUCGAAAGCCCCAUGAGGGCAGGGUUCAUAUCUACCGGACCCCGUAUGGCCCUCGUACCUUCCUGGGUGCCUAAGACAUCGAUCCAGAGGCCUUCAAGAAGUGAAGACAGCUCUACUGCUCUACAGAGGAGUGGGGUCAUUUCAGCCAUGAAGCCUGUGUUGAACCUCUAUCUCUUAGGUGUGGUGCUGACCCUGCUCUCCAUCUUCGUUAGACUAAUGGAGUCCCUGGGAGGCAUACUGGAGAGCCCACUGCCUGGGAGCUCCUGGACCACCAGAGGUCAACCAGCCAGCACAGAGCCCGAGGGCAUUCCAGACCAUCCAUCCAGAGGGGUGUGAUAAGACCUCUCUCCACCAGCUAUAAUCUUGGAACACUGGCCUAAACACAUCCAGGCAGUUGUCCAGUUGCUGGGCAUAAAAGCUCAGAACAUCAGUGUUACCAGAACUGUUACCCAGGCUGCUGAAGGGCCUCUCCCAUCUGGAUGUUCCUUGCCCUGGAAAGAGAGCCUGUCUAAUACACAGGUGUGAGUGGGUUGCCUGUGACUGCAAUGGAAUGAUGUCACUGCUCUCCCCAGGGUCAGCCGUACACUCGGGUGUCCUUGGCAAUAUGGCUCUGAUGCCUCUUAGAUAGGGACUUGUGCUUCAUAUUCAGCUGUUGGGAGAUGGUGUCGUUUUCAUCUCUGCUUCGUCAGCAUCUGCCAGGAGUUCCUUGGGGCUUGGGUGUCUUAUGGUCAGUUUAUGUGGUGGUCAGCUUCUCUCCCAUGAGAGCUUGUCUGUGUGUGGACAAUAGUUGAAGUGUGGUGUAUGGGUUGGCUGUAGGGAGGGGGAUGAUGGUCAAGUGUCCACCUCUUAUUGUUUCACAUGGUAAAGUACUUUCUCCAACACAGCAUGUAUGAAUGUAUAUUGAUCUGAAGGGGGGCAGUGGGAUGACAAAGCCUGCUCAAGAAUGGCAUGGCCACCAUGUGGCUUAAAUGAAUUUUUCUAAUAAAAAUUGAAUAUAUA